GCUCCGAACUAGUCGUUCUAUAGCCAUAUCUAGAAUCGACCGCGCAUCGAAGGGUCAGGCUGCAACAAGGAUCCACUCGAACGUACGCAGCCACAAAUCUACCGUGGGAACGACGGAGCAGUAUGCAAGGCGAUGGUGAUCAAGUAGGCGCAGUCGUCGAAGAUGAUGCACCCAUACAAGCAAAUUCAUUGCCAGGGACGCAGGUUGGUGAAACAAGCGAGGUUUUGCAGGAACUUGAUUCGCCUACGCAACCCGGCAGCGAGCGGUUGCUACGGGAUCCCUAUGAAGGAGGUCCUCUGAGGAGUCCCUUGAUCGCUUCCUCAUCGGGAAAUCAAGCGCACACUAACACUGUUGCCGGGGCAGGCAAUCGGAACGUGCAUGAACAAAGCGUGGGUGCAGCGUCAAAUCAACAUGCUGCUGCCCCAGAACCGCUGCAAACUUUGUCCGACGCCUUCGAGUCUCUUUCCAUCCCAGCUUCUCAAGUAACGCAACCGUCGUAUGAGGACCGCACCGAUCUUCCAGCAGCAAACGCGGCUGCAAUGCCCGCUGUCAACCCGUCAGCCAUAUUGGAGACCGCACUACGAGCGUGGCCGUUACUCAGCGUCCUCGACACACGUGAACCGCCGCAGGCCCCUCCGUCGGGAACACCCGGGCAAGCAGAAGGACAGGGUCUUUCCACUGCAGGGUCAUCACAGCCGCUCUCACCUGACGCCAUGUUCAAAGAAAGUUGUGAAAUAACAUAUGCUACGUUGAGCGCUCGCAUCAUUCAUGGUGUGUACCGUCAGCGUUCCACAUUUCAUCAGCCUUCGUCAGAUCCGCCUGCCAACACAUUUCAGAACGGAACCCAUAGCGCAGACCGUUCACGGGAGAGAAACGUAAGCGGCGCCUCCGAAGCACCGGAUGACGGUGCGCUUUCUCCGCGGCGGGCGACACACGACGACGCUCAGGAUGCCACUGCGAACAUCCGAACGCGUAUCGCAGGCCCGAGUUUGGAGCGCUUGGUCGGCGCACAUACACGAAGGAUGACGCUCGGCCAGCAAAACGAAGCAAGCAUACGAGUGCGUGUUCUUCCGGACCUCGAAGUUUUGGAACAAGAGCCCUGCCAUAUUAAGCUAAAGCUUGCCAGUGAGGAAGCCGGAGUGGAGGAAAGAACACAUCAUCUUGCCGAAUGGGAAACGUUCACAAGGGCACUGCUGACUGUUCACGUUUGUAUUCAGACCUUGAUUGUGAGAAUCUCGGCAGUCUCCCGCCCACCAGGACACUUCUACCGGCGCUUCAAUUUGGCAUGUGGAGCCGCAGUGAUAGACGUUGAAGUCUCUGCAUUUCCCGACCCAUGCAUAGACUUUGUGUUACCGUAUUUGCGCAGGCUAUGUCGACUAAGAAUGGCCGAACAGGCUGCUACACGCUUUCAGAACAUCAUUCUGCUAAAUCAUGACGUCCGGCGACAGGAGAUGCUCCGUGAAUUGCUCCAGAUGGAUGCUCGUCUCGGAUUGGACAUUAGCAACAGCAACCUCGCACGAAUAUUGGACACUACCACGGAGAUGCCCUUUCUGCGCGAGCUCGUAAUAGACCUCAAGAACACUGCCACUGGACCAUGCGAACCUCUACAAAUCUUCCUGAACCUGACGCGCCACAUUUCCACUGACGUUCGGAGACUGAGGUACGAGGUCGACGAGACCUACGCCCACUUCCUGUGCUGCCAGUGCGCCCACUAUCACGGCGUAAGCACUACGACAGGGGUUGAGACAAGCAUAAUACCGACACUCUGCGCCCGUCGCGAGCUGACAUGUUCCACAGGCGACUUGGUGCCGUACAUAGUUAGUGUAACACAUCCUGCAAUGCAUGGUACUUAUGCUUUUCAUAUGCUUGCUAUUGUUCGCAUGCGUGACGAAGAUCAGCGUCAGUAGAUUUGAGAAUCAGAGGGUUUAGGCGAACUGCAAAAGAUAUUGGAAGGUUAUCCGCAAUUUCUGACAAACGUAGAGCAUGCCGUUCUCACCGUUGUAGGACACUGACACCUGAUCUAAGAAUGUGCCUCAGAGCAGAUACGUCAGCAACGUUGUUUCUUGCAAGUGCAUAUUUUUUAUAGAUUGACAAACUUCCGCUUCUCUUGCGUUAGAGGAAUGCGAAAAUAUAGACGACCUAUCCAGAUUUGGAAAAUAAUUUUUGUUUGCGACACUGCUAACAAUGAGAUCAAGAUAAGGCAUGCCGCUUACGUCAAGCAAAAGUGAGCCUAACACAACAGAGAACAAUUGGAUGCUAGAUGAAACCACUUGCAAAUGUAUGCCGUCGGGCUAUGUGUAUAUGUUUGCCAGGUCCGUUGAUGCAGUGACGGCUUGUUUAAGGCGAAACUGUCUGAUGGAUGUCAGAAUUUUUUUAAAUGCUUUAAGAGCUGAUCUGUAAAAUAUCAAAUCUGAA